AUGUCUGACGACUUACAAGAUCAAGUUCCUGACAUCGUCAUUGAUGGCAAGAACAUGGAGCCUGAAGAAGAGUAUGAAGAAUACAGCGAUGCUGAAAACAACGAAGAACAGCCUAAAGUUGUUGCUGACGAAGAGACUUCGAAAGGAAGUAAAAGUGUAUCAUUUGCUGGCUUAGAUGAUGAUGACGUUGCCGCUGAUGGUUUAACUGCUGAAGAGCGUCGUCAAAAAGAAUUCGAAGAGGGUGGUGGUUUACCUGAACAACCUGACAACCCCGAUUUCACUAAAUUGAAUCCAUUAAGUCCCGAAAUUAUUCAAAGACAAGCUACUAUCAAUAUUGGUACCAUUGGACAUGUAGCCCAUGGCAAAUCUACAGUUGUGAAGGCUAUUUCUGGAGUUCAAACUGUUCGUUUUAAGAACGAAUUGGAACGUAAUAUUACUAUUCGUCUUGGUUAUGCAAAUGCUAAGAUCUAUAAAUGCUCAAACUCUGAGUGUCCGAGACCCACAAGAUUCAAGUCAUACGGAUCUGGUAAAGAAAUCUCUCCUAAGUGUGAGGCCCCCGGUUGUUCUGGAAGAUACGAGCUUGUGAGACACGUCAGUUUCGUUGAUUGCCCCGGUCACGAUAUUCUUAUGAGUACAAUGCUUUCAGGAGCAGCUGUAAUGGAUGCUGCUCUUUUAUUGAUUGCUGGUAAUGAAUCCUGUCCCCAGCCCCAAACAAGUGAGCAUUUGGCAGCUAUUCAAAUUAUGGCUCUUGAGCAUGUUAUCAUUUUGCAAAACAAGGUCGACUUAAUGAAGGAGGACUCUGCAUUUGAACACUAUCAAAGUGUUGUCAGAUUUGUUAAGGGUACUCCUGCUGAGGGUGCUCCCAUUGUCCCUAUCUCGGCCCAACUUAAAUAUAACAUUGAUGCUGUCAAUGAGUUUAUUGUGGAGAAGAUUCCUGUUCCACCAAGAGACUUCACCGCUUUACCUAAGCUCAUUGUCAUCAGAUCUUUCGAUGUUAACAAGCCUGGUUCUGAAGUUGAGGAACUCAAGGGCGGUGUUGCUGGUGGUUCUAUCCUUAAUGGUGUUCUACGAUUGGGUGAUGAAAUCGAGAUCCGUCCAGGCAUUGUACACAAGAACGAAACUACCAACAAAAUUGAAUGUAGACCAAUCAAGUCUAGGAUUGUUAGUCUGUUCGCUGACGAUAAUGAUCUGAAGUUUGCGGUUCCAGGUGGUCUUAUUGGUGUUGGUACCAAGGUCGACCCUACCUUGUGCAGGGCUGAUCGUUUGGUUGGCCAUGUUUUGGGCCAUGUUGGCAAGUUGCCAGAGAUUUACAUCGAAUUAGAGAUUACCUACUUCUUACUCCGACGACUACUUGGUGUUAAGACUGAAGAUAAGAAGCUGACUAAGAUUCAAAAGCUUACUAAGGGUGAGGUUUUAAUGGUUAAUGUCGGUUCCACUACUACUGGCGCUCGUGUCACGAGUGUUCGUGCUGAUAUGGCCAAGCUGCAACUCACUUCGCCUGCUUGUACUGAAAUUGGAGAGAAGGUGGCCUUAUCUCGUAGAGUUGAGAAGCAUUGGAGAUUGAUUGGUUGGGGCAGUAUUCACGCUGGUAGCACCUUGGAGCCUGUCGAGUAG